AUGUCUUCUAUAAAAAGUGGUGGUUCAUCUGAUGACGAUGAUGAUGCAUCCAGUGUCAAUCACAGAACAAACAUUAAUUUACCCAAGAUAGAUUUAUCAUAUGUUAGACAGCAAAAUGCUAAGGACUCUUCACCUCAUCCCAUUACCAAAGUUGGGAAAAACUUGAUUAGAAAGCCAUCAAAUAAAUCACUAGCACGUUCGGAUUCAAAAUCUUCAAUCAAAGCGGCCGCAAUACUGGAACUUCCUCGAAAGCUUUCGUCGGGUACUUUAGGCGAAGUAAGAGACAGUAUCGAUUUAAGUAAUGACUAUUCUCUACCAACUUUCAGAUUUGACGCUUGCGAAGCUGAUGUCAGGAAUCGUCUGUUUGAUGCCUUUGAUAAUGAUCCUGCUGAUGAUUUUUCUGAUGAAAGUGACUUUGAUGAACCCACUCACCAUCGUCAAGGUCCUCAAGCCUUUGACACCGAUAGCUCUGACGAGUCUGAUCAAAAUGAAGACGAUGACCCAGUAAGGCUAUCCCAACUGACUGAUAGCCAACUAUCAAAUUUCAAACCACCAACUGAACGCUCUAUUUCGAAUGUAGAAUCAAAUUCUUCUAAAAAUGGCCAUCUUAAGAAAAUUUGGAAAAAAUUAAGUUUGGCAGAGCCCAGUAAAAUUGAUGAUAUUUACGAUAAGCAUGAUCGUAACUCUGCUCAUUCAGAUGGUUUUAUUGGGAAAGUUUUAAACUAUAGUACUGGUACAAGCGGUGGUCUCACGCCGGGUGCAAGUAAUAGAAAUUCAAGGGCGAAACCUCUAGAUGAAGAACAAGUAGUAGGUGGUGCCAUGGAUAGCCCCGAUAGUAUUGAAAUGAAAAAAUUGGAUUUUUCUUCUUACAAUAAAGAAGCUCAAAGCAUGAUUUUAAGUCAUAUACCAGAAGCUGCAGAUUUCUUCAAAAACCCAAAGAACUUAGACUACCUCAAUGAUCAUACACUGGCUAAUUCCACUUCGUUUUUCAUUGAAAAGGACAAUAACUCUGACCAAAACCAAAAUGAUUCAGUUUCUUCGAAAAAUAACUCAUUUGAUAAUAAUGUAAGAAAUAUGAACCUUCAAAAUUUAGAUGAUUCGGAUGAAGAAACAAAGUUACCUCAGUUUAAAGCUGGUGUCUUAUCUUCAAUUUUAAAGCUAUACCAAACUCAAGGACAAGCAUUUCCUCAACAGCAAAGUCGACCUUUAAUGGAUAAACUGCCGGCGGAAAGUAGUAGAACAUCGAUCAACGACAACUUGAGUACUCUUGGACCUACAAGCCCAACUAGUCCAGUCGAUAUUACGAAAUUGAAUACUACAUUUAAUAGUAAUAUAUCAGAUACUUCUUUUUCACCCAAUACUAAUAGAGAAUCGACUUCAAGUGCCGAGUUAGAAAAAGAACCUACGCAGGAAGGAUUACCUUCAUUUUUGAAUGCCAAACCAAAAUUACCGCCAAAGAAAAAGCUUCCAAAGAUAUCUUCCAAGAUCAAAUCCCGUAAAAAAGAACAAGCCAGACAAUUGCGUAUCACGGUUCAUAUUGCUGAUAUCCUUCAAAGACAAAGAUUUAUUUUAAGAAUGUGUAAAGCAUUAAUGAAAUAUGGGGCACCAACUCAUCGUUUAGAGGAAUAUAUGGUAAUGACUAGUAAAGUUUUAGAAAUAGAUGGUCAGUUUAUCUAUUUUCCCGGUUGUAUGAUUGUUGCCUUUUCGGAUGCAUCAACUAGAACUUCAGAAAUACAUUUAGUCAAAUGUAAUCAGGGGGUUAAUUUAUCCAAACUUGCAGAUACUCAUGCCAUUUACAAAAGGGUUAUUCAUGAUCUUGUUAGUGUUGAACAAGCUGCUGGUGACUUGGAAGAAUUAUUAAGAAGAAAAAACAGAUUCAAUCCCUGGAUCUGUGUAUUUUUAUACGGGUUAGGAUCAGCAUCCGUAUCACCCUUUGCAUUUAGCGGUAAUUGGAUGGAUGUUCCAAUUUCCUUUGGUUUGGGACUUUGCAUUGGAUAUCUCCAGUAUAUUAUAUCUUCAAUCUCUAAUCUUUAUUCGUCAGUGUUUGAAGUUAGUGCUUCAAUUGUUGUUUCAUUUGUGGCACGAGCUAUUGGUUCCAUUAGAGGAGGUGAACUUUUCUGUUUUGGUGCAAUUGCUCAGGGAUCCUUAGCAUUAAUAUUGCCGGGUUAUAUUAUUCUUUGUGGAUCUUUAGAAUUGCAAUCAAGAAACUUGGUUGCGGGUUCAGUAAGAAUGUUCUAUGCUAUUAUUUAUUCUUUAUUUUUGGGAUUUGGUAUUACAUUGGGAUCUGCUUUAUAUGGUUGGGUUGAUAAAGACGGCACUAAUCAGGCGAAGUGCAGCCCUGGACAUAAUAUUGAUGAUAAAUGGAGAAUUUUAUUUAUUCCACUUUUCUCUGUUUGUUUAGGACUUAUAAAUCAAGCAAGAUUCACUCAACUCCCAGCCAUGGUUUUCAUCUCCUGUAUUGGAUACCUUGUAAACUAUUUUGCCGGUAAACAUUUUAAUGAUGUAACUGAAUUUUCUGCAGCCAUAGGAUCAUUUGUGAUUGGUAUCUUGGGUAAUAUGUACUCCAGAAUAGGAAAAGGAAUGGCUGUAAGUGUGAUGCUACCAGGAAUAUUCCUCCAGGUUCCUUCGGGGAUAGCUAGUCAAAGCACAUUGUUGUCUGGAGUCAAUACUGCAAACGAAAUAACCAACUCUACUUCUUCAGGCCAUCAUCAAGAAAGUCAAAUUACAUCUUUAAGUUUUGGUGCUUCAAUGGUGGAAGUAUCAAUCGGAAUAACGGUGGGUGUUUUCGCAGCUGCUUUAGUUCUGUAUCCAUUUGGUAAAAAAAGAACUGGAUUAUUCACCUUAUAGUUUAAUUUUAUUUAUGUGUAUAUGUCUAGAAAUCUAAUAAUUAAUUUCUUCUUAGUAUUUUUGGUAUCCCUGAUAGUAAAAAUAGGAAAAAUUAACUUUUUGCAGCAAUGUAUAAAGGAGCAGCAAGGUUCUUUUUUUUUGCUUUUCAGCCUUGAAAAGUUCUGGAAUUCCACAAGGGUCUUAUGAAACAAUCAUGGCCUACUAUCUAAGGACUUAGAGGCUAAGGAUUAUGGAUGUGGCCUUGGGUCACAGAUAGCUGGAGUUGGUUGGUCCAUUCCGUUUUCCUAAUCUGAUAAUUUUUAGCGUAUUUCCCCUGGUUUUGGCAGAUCGGCAUUUGUCGCGCGAUUAGCCGUGCUCCACUUCUCAUCUUCAAACCAUUACAAGAGAUAUCGUAGUAUAUACCAAAAAGGCAAUGACGGUCUGCUGAGGUGGGCCGUACUCCUAAUAGAAGCC